AUGCACCGGGCGGUGCAAAAUUACAUCAAAUUCAUUGACGAACGGCAACCCGACGACGAACAGAGCCUGUUGUUCCGCCCGAUGCCAGGCGGCCAGGUUCGGAAGCUCAAGUUUGAGGAAUCAAUACUGCAAAAAUUGCCGUUCUCCAGGCGUUUGAUACGCAAGACAUUCAUCGAUGCCGAAACCGGCAUCCCGGCACAACUGGAUCCCACCCACACGGAACUCUGCUUCAGUUGCCGGAAAUAUCGCAGCGUCAUCCAAUUCGAAGUGUUCCACGAACCUAAUUCCGCCUACGUGUGGUACGACAAGACCUGCAACUUAUGCAAAGAGACCGGAGCCGGCUGA